GAAGACCAGGCGUUCACUACCGGCAAUUUCGAAAGCGGAUGCGCGAGCUCAGUUCUGUUGGUGCUAGUUUAACGUAUCGUUAAAGAUCACGAUUCAAAGAAAAAAAACAAAAAAACAAAAACAAACACCAAAAAAGCCCAACGAGGAUUUUUAAGAAUUAAUAUUUUUAUUUUUAUAACUAAUUUGGACAAAGUCGAAAGAAGAAAUUGAAGUCUCAGAGAUAUGGAGGAAGAAGAGACCGUAUCGAUACUUUCCAGAAAAGAGCUACGUAAGCACAAGUUAAUGGAAUACUUAGCAUCAAAAGGAAGACUGAAACUGCCGAAUUCUAAGCCAUACCUCCGUGAUGAAUGUCAGGUUAAGAAGCCUCUGGCAUCUGCAUUAAAGGUUGUUAUGGGAAAAGAGAACAAGGCUCCGGCUGACACAUUCAGAUAUGAGGGCAGAAAAGUUGAAACUCUGGCUGCUCUAUCCACAAAACACCCUGUCAGAAGAGCAUUUGGUGUCACUAACAAGGUGAAUAUAAAAGGGGGCAUCCUGACUGGACAGCAGAAUGCCAAACGUCCAUGUGCAACCAGUGGCCCAGCACAGCCAGAACUUAAUAAAAACCCAGUUUUUAUAGGAAAGGACACCCCUGUGUCCUCCAAAUCCAACCUGAAUGCAGCAAGUCAUCUCAAAAAGCAGCUAAACACAGGAAUGCAAUCUUCAGGCAGAGCCUCUGUCAGUGUGAGGAUGAGUCUCGGCCCCAUUGUCAAAACAAAAACAGGGCUCAUUCCUGCAGUGACCCAGCCAAGAAACACAAAGCCACAUAUAACAUACACCUCUGCUACAGCAGCUGACACCACCACUAAUACUUCUGUUGUUAACAAGCUGCGAUCCAGCACCUCAUCAUCAGUCUCUGUUUCUCAGAGGCCUGCCAUGGCUCAGAGGAAAACACUUCAUACCCAUGCUCUAACCAACCCUGUUAAUGAGAGAACAACUCUUUAUUUGAAUGCAAGAGCUGGGAUUAAAGUUCAAGAUCAGAACAAGGCUAACUCAAAACCACUUUUGGGAAAACAUUCUCAGCCAUUUUGUAAGACUCAGAGAGAAUUGUCAAAGGGAAUGACAUCUGCGCCUAACUCCAAGUGCACAGCAGCACCUUUUAAGCCAGACGGGAGGGGAGAGAUGUCAAAAACUAUUAAAUUGGCUGGUGAGCCCACGGACAGGUCAAAAAAUCAGAAAUCGGAUGGUGCAGGGGAGAAAAAUGGAAAACCAUGUAAAAUUACCUCCCGGACAUCCUUGGGGCCACUGGGCAGGUGCAGUUUCAAAGCAGCCAGUGGGGUUAAGCGAGCUGCUGUGGCUGAGCUGGGAGGGAAAACCAAAACAUGUCAAGAGACACAAAGCGAGAGGGGACACAGUUCAGCAAGUGCCCCUCCGCCACAAACAGGCAUAGAAAGAACAGGCGCUCCAGUGAUGUCGCCGACAGUGCCGAGGCCUGCCAGGACCAUCAGCCGUACAGGCCAAGCCACAGACAUGAAGGUGCCAAAGGACCCACUCAUGGUCAUUCCCCAGACUGAAGGAAAGAAAGUGACUGCUGCCCAAAAGGAAAGAAUGAGAAAACUGCAGGAAUGGCGGGAAGCCAAAGGGAUUUCCUACAAGCGUCCUCCCAUGCCAGUGAAACCUCAGGUCAGGCGCAGUGUGGCUGUGUCCCACCCUUUCUGGGCCACCAUGAAGGAGGAAGAUGAGGCCCACUCCCUCAUCUGUGCUGUAGACAGGUCCCUGGCUGAUUGCAUCAAAUUGCUUGGAGAGGGUUGCCGUCCAGACAAGGUGAAGGAGGUUCUAUCGCGGCUGCCAGCAGUGUCCCAGAAGUUUGCCAAAUACUGGAUCUGUCAGGUCCGUCUGAGGGAGCGAGAGGGCAACCUAGAUGUCCUGCCCAUGUUUGAAGAGGCAGUGCGUGUUGUGUUGGAGCCAGUGGAUGAGCUGCGGUCUGUGGUGUUUGAGAUUCUGAAGAAAAAGGAGGAGAUCCAAGCACCUGAAGCAAAAGAGAAAAACGACGACCAAGUCCCAACAAUUGAGAGCUCUCCUGAGAGUAGGAACAGCCCAGUGACGACCCCUAAACCUGUCAGAGCCCUCAUCUGUGGGGAGAAAGGAGACUCGUCUGUAGUCAAGUAUAAGAUCACAGCGACUCCGGGCGGCCCUGCGAGCCAGCAGAGAGAACCAGCGCGGGUCAAUGGACAGGAGGUUCGGUUUUUCACCCCGGUUAGACGCUCAGUGCGAAUUGAGAGAGCCUCGCUCCGAUAUCCUGCGUCCCUCCAGGACCAUGAUCUCUGUGUGGCCUCGUACCAUGACCUGAUCUCCGAGGAGGAUAAAGAGAACAGUGAAGAGCAGGAGAGCGGGGAAACCGGACCGUGUCUCAGUGACACGCCGAUGUACAUCUACAGACAGAACGAAGCACUUACAGACAAGGUGUUCGUCCAGCUAGUCUGCGAUUAAGGUGUUUAGUCUUAGUUGCUAACUUCACCUCGCAGCAGUUUGUGGUUGAGACAAAAUUCAGAUGGUCAGUAUUUGUUACUGUUCACAUAGCAAUGAAAGAAAGUACAACAUAUGUACAUACGUAUUGUCAGAUCUCAUCCUGUUCCCCGAAAAGAAAGUAUUAUCCUUGUGAAGCUAGAACCUGACAUUUUAGGCAACGAGCUGUGUGUUUUAGAGUUAGCUAUGUCUCACACUUAUGGAGAAGUCAUUGGGUUUUUGCUUUUGGGCCCUGGAUUAUUUUAUUACUUCAAAUAAUGUGUACAUAGUAUUGCAAAAUAAAUGGCCUCUUUUUUUAAAAACAUA